AUGAGAUCACUUGUCUUGCUGAUAGGAAUUGUGGGAAUUUGUUUAUCGACAGCAUUUUCCCUAAAAAUGUGUGCCUUUAAUGUCCAGAGCUUUGGAGAAGCAAAAGCCAAGAACAAAAAAGUUAUGGGAAUUUUGACCAAGAUCAUCUCCCGCUGUGAUUUAAGUUUAAUUCAGGAGGUACGAGACUCCAAAGGUGAAGCUGUCCCAAAACUUUUAAAACUCCUAAACAGGUUUGACAAAUCACAAAUGUACUCUUAUUUAGAGAGCAAAAGACUGGGAAGAAGCACAUACAAGGAGCAGUAUGUCUAUGACUCUAGAAAAGAUAUGUUGCAGGUGCACGAGCAAGUUCACUAUCGUGAACUGAACCAGAAAGAGUCGAAUGACACUGAAAUGUUCUCCAGAGAGCCAUUUAUUAUACGAAUCUACUCACCCAAAACCUUAGUCAAACAUUUGGUCAUCAUUGGUCACCACACUAGUCCCAAGAAUGCCCUAAAAGAGAUGGAUGAACUCUUUAGAGUCUUUCAAGCUGUUCAUGAGAAGUGGAAAACUGAGAAUAUGAUGUUGCUGGGCGAUUUAAAUGCUGACUGUGGCUACGUGACCAUUAAAGGCAUAAAGAACCUCAGAUUAAGGAAUGACCCGAAGUUCCACUGGUUAAUUACAGAAGAACAGGACACCACAGUCCGGGAGAAAAUACACUGCGCUUAUGACAGGAUCAUUGUACAUGGCAACACUUUGAUUUCAGGAAUUGUGCCAGGAUCUGCUCAACCCUUUAACUUUAAAAAGGAGUUUCUUUUAAGCGAGCAAGAGGCAUUGGAAGUCAGUGAUCACUAUCCAGUAGAGGUUGACCUAAAGCCAAGCCACUAUCAUCUCCGCAAUGAGCUCUGA